AGAAUUCUUUUAUUCUUAUUUUGAUGGCUUGAAAAUUUAUAUCUUGACUUUCGUAUAUUUACAAUUUCCUUUUGCGAAUAUUGCUUUUUCCAAUAUUUUUUUUAAUCAUUCUGACGUUAGUUGAACUUUCUCUCAUAGUUAUAAAAUUAAUUCGAUGUUUUUUCGAAAUAAAUUUUACAAAUUCUAUAAAUUGAAGACUUGUUUGCUUUUACAAUAUAUUAGGUAUAAAAAUUAAUUCGACAGUUUUUUAAAAAAGAAAUUUCAAGAAUUACAUAGAUUAAUCUUCACGGAAUGGUUUUAAAUCGUAUUAAAUAUUUCAAAACUUUUUACUGUUCUUAUUCAGACAAUAGAAGAAUUGUUAUGUUAUAAGAAAAAUUUAUACAACAGAUGAGGAAAGAAACUUUGAUGCAUAUUUUUUUUCUUUUCUUUUUUUUUUUUUUGAUUGCUCUUGAACUUUGCACCAACUAAGAUAGUGCAAUUUCCAGUAAGAGUUGUAUUUUAAAUUAUAGAUUCAGUUGCUAGACUGACACUGAUAUUUUUUUUCAAAAUACAGAGAUAAUUUUAUCAUUUAAAAGUAAUGGAAUCUUUUAUUUUAAAAUAACAUCUCGAAAUUUGAAAUUAUCGUGUAUUUAAAUUGAUAAACACAAAUAUUUAAAUUUUAUUGUUAAAUUUAAUUAUUUCGUAAACUAUGUAAAUUUAUUAUUAUAUCGUAUUGGAUAUUAAGAUUUACAUUUUGAGAUUGAAUAAAAUUUAUCAGAUAAUUCAUUCAAAUUUUCAAACAACGAAGUUUUGAAGUGAUUUCGAAAUUUAGAUAAAGAUAAAGAUAAUGAAUAUUGUGCUCCGUUCAACACUGACGUCAACACUGAAAUCAUUUUGUGUAAUUACAAAUAUGAUAUGCCUCUCCUUUAACCACAUUCUUGUUCCAUAAAAAUAUGUUUAUUACAUUUCAAUUAUUUAAUUAAAUAAUGACAAUUAUCAUUCAAAAUUUCUAUUUUUAUUUUUUAUGUAAAUAUUUAUAAUUAAUCGUGAAACGAAAAUAAUAUAAUCGAGAAAUGAUUUAAUAUUUAAUUUAAAUUUAAGUUAAAGAAAAAAAAAAUUAAAAAAUAGAUACAUUUACAUUGUGAUACAAAUUUUACGUGAGAAAGAUUUUAUCUUAAAUUGAUAAAAAUACGUGAUAUACAUACGCGAAAAAUUUUAUCGAUAAAUUAAAUAUCAUAUUUAUAACAAUAUAUUUCACGUAAUACGAACACAUUACUUCAUCGAAUUAGAUAAAUUCAAUUAGAGGCAACUUACUAUUAAAUAUAAAAAUUAAAGAUUAAAGAUAGAUUGUAUAAUUUAACUGGAUCUUGAAACUUUAAGCAAUUCAAAAACAUUGUAUUGAAUUAGAUACGAAAUGAAUAUUUCAAUCAAUUUCUGAAAAUUACGAUGAAACCCACAAAUUGCAACAUUUGAUAUCUUCAGGAGAAAGGAUUAUUUUUCAUCACUCUCGUACACUAUCUGAGUAAUUUUACAAACAAUACUGCAUCGGCAAUUUGGAAAUCGGUAUAUUUUUCAAUUGAGCUCAGUGUGGGAAUGUGAGCGCCAAUGGUGGAUUCUUUUCCAUUUCUCCAUUCAAUUUCUUCCUUUUCAACCUCAACCAGCCAUUCUUGUCUCUCUCCGGCGCAUUUCUUAAUAAUGAACCACUUUAAUCCGGCGCACCAGAAAAUACCAGCCUCUUAUAUCUCUAAAUCUCGUGAGUGUAUCGACGAAACGAGAUAAUUAAUUAAUACUACGAUAAUUAAUCAAUACCGUGAUAUAAUUUGAUAAUCUUUCGUAUCAGUACUUUCAGUGUUCAAUAUCAAUUUAUAACAUUGAUUUCUAAUAAUUUAAAAAUAAAUCCUCUUUUUCUUCUUAGAUAAUACUAUCACGAGUAUUAUCACGAAAUAAAUUUCUUCCAUAAUCUGUAACAAACAUAAAUCCAAAAAAGUUAUUAAACAAGCUACUCGAAAAUAUCGUUUUCUCAUCAUAGAUAUAAAAGUUUAUUGGCAAUGCAAUUUAUUUAUUUAUCAACAAUAUUUAACCAGCAAUAUCGUCACAUUAAGAUUUUUAUCAAAUUUUUAACUAUUGGCUAAUAGAUAUCUCUGAUAAUUUCGAUUGUUAAUCAUUCAAAAUUAUUGGCAAUUACUCUUUUGACAACAAAGAUAACGCGAUGUUGAAAUUUUCAAGGCGUUCACUCAUUUUGUAGGCGCGACGAGAGACAGAAAAUUCAUGACGCUGGAUUGAAGGAGAGAGGAACGAAAAGCCAGUUCCAAAAAUACGAGUGGAAAGGUUGUUUAACGUCAUGUGACAUAGACGCGUUGUGUUGUGCGUGCAAACAUAAAGCGGUCUACACAAUCUAGAAACGCGCGCACGAUCUAAAAACUUGCAUCACGGUCCUCGUAGUGCGAAUAAUAUAUACCGAUUUUGGCAUCCAUUGAAAACCAUUCUAACGUUGUUAUCUAUAUCGUGAAACCAGAUAUCGAUAUCGUUGCCAUUAUCUGUCCCAUUGUGCGGGCCGCUUAACCAGUGUUGUAGACGGUUGGAAAGAGAAAAUAAUUUGGCAGUCAUCGGUGAAUCAUUAGAGAGAAACGUUUGGAAACGUUUUGAAAGCAUUGCAUUGGUGAAUAUAUUAAAAGUUAUUUGUGCAACCGUUACGAAUUACGAAUUACAUAAUAUUUGUUUACUUGAAUAUUAAAUUUAUGUAAAAAUUUAAUACGCUUUUUAUGUACAAAAUUCAUAUAAGAAUCUUAUAAUUCGAUAAUUAAUAGAUCUAAUUGUGUACCCGUUGUUUUUAUCUCAAGUAUUGAGAAAGUGUGUGUAUAAGAAUAUAGAUAAUGGAACGAUUACCGUCCAAAAAAAUAACGAUAUAACGAUAAUAUAAUUACAAUUUAUCGUUGUAUUUAUUGAUUUACCGAAUAUAUUUCAUCGCGCAAUAUAUUAACGUUUAAAAUAUUAUUAUUCAGUUGCAUUUUAUUCUACUUUUAAACAAGUUCAAAUUACAAGUUCGAUCUUAACUCGACGUACAUUUCUCGAUAAAUCUCGAGCUCUCCAUUUCUUUAAUCCCUCCUCGUCGUCGAAAUGAAGUUUCUAUUUGCGAUUAUAGCGAUUUUUUUUUGUGCGGUGUACGACGAUGCUAGUGGUGCCAGAAUUUUGAUGGUGACUCCGCAUCAAGCGAAAAGUCAUUACAUAGUGUACGAGGCGUUGUUGAAGAGACUUGCGGAAAGAGGUCACCAAGUGGUGUCGUUCAACCAUUUUCCUCAGAAAACAGUUUUACCCAAUUUCACGGAUGUCGAUAUAUCUUCAAGCAUGCCAUACGUGGUCGGUACAAGGUCGAUCAAGGUUGCGUCCCGGCAAACCAUGUUGAAAAAAUUGGAAUCGAUAUCCCUCCUAAGCUUACCAACGUGUCAAUCUGUACUGGAACAUCCGGAAUUGAAGAAAUUUCUGCAUUCGAAAGAGAAGUUCGAUGUGUACAUGAUGGAAAUCUUCCUUUCCGACUGUUUCAUCGGUAUCGGCCACGCUCUCAAAAUUCCAAUUGUGGUUGGAAUAAGUAGCACCGUGUCUUAUCCAUGGACGAACGACAUUCUUAGGAAUCCUGAGAUCCCUAGUUACAUUCCUAACGCGGUUUUAAGUGAUUUUUCGGACGAGAUGAAUUUCUUCCAGAGGGCCACCAACUUGAUGUACCUUUUCAUCAGCAAACUCGCCUACAGGUAUCUAGCGGACAGGCCAGGUUACGAGAUCGCGAAAAAAUACUUCGGCGACGAUCUUCCGGACUUGGAUACGUUACGAUCUAGGAUGUCAUUGAUACUGACGAAUGGGCACAAGGCUGUGAGCACGCCACGAGCCCUUGCGCCAGGAUAUAAAGAGCUGGGCGGUAUGCACAUUCCAGCCUCGGGCCCGCCGCCGUUGCCCAAAGAUCUUAAGGAUUUUCUCGACUCGAGCGAGAACGGGGUCAUUUACUUUAGCCUGGGAUCGCAAAUAAACAUGUCCACCAUGCCAAACGAGGUGUUAAUGUCUUUCUACGAGGCAUUCGAGCGGAUACCGCAACGGAUAUUGUGGAAGUGCACCGAGAACAAUAUGCCCAGGCUGCCCAAGAAAGUUAAGUGCAUCGAAUGGGCGCCCCAGCUCUCCAUAUUGUGUGACCCGAAUGUGCGGCUAUUUAUCUCGCACGGUGGAAUGCUGGGGUCUCAAGAGGCGGUUUAUUGCGGGGUACCGAUUCUCGGCAUACCCCUGUACGGGGAUCAACACCUGAACGUGGCCUACUUCGUGAAAAGGGGGUUCGCUCUGAAACUGGAUUACCAUCAACUUUCAUACGAGUCGACGAUAUCAAACGCUUUGAACGAACUGCUCCUGAACAAGAGUUACAGGGAUAUGGCAAGGAAAGCCUCCUUCGAGUUCAGGGAUCGACCUAUACCACCCUUGGACGAGGGUGUUUAUUGGAUAGAGUAUUUACUUCGCCAUGGGCCGGAUUCAUUGAGGACAACGGCACCGAAUUUAACUUGGUACCAAUAUUUAUUGCUGGACGUUAUCCUCGCGAUAAUAAUUUCAAUCGUGUUGACGGUAUUUAUCGUUUACAAAUUAUUAAAAUUAUUAAUUUGGAAAGGAAGAAUGUCGGUAGAUGUUAAUAAGAAACGAUCGUGAAGAAAAAUCCUACUUCGAAAUAUUGUAAGAAGUUGUUAAGAUCGUUUGAUUAAUUAAAAAAAAAAAAAUUCUCUGUACAGAUUACACGUUAUAUUUAUUCUUAUAUUUUAUAAUAUAUAAUAAUAAAGUUUUUUAUGUGUUUAUCUGUUUUGUACGUAUAAUAAACGUAAUAUUUAACUCGUUUAAAAA